AUGAACAGCAAUCCACAGAUCCGAUUCGAUGUCAUUUCUCCAGUGACUUCUGAUCAAGAUGGGAUGAGAAACCCGCGAUGUAUUAGCUGUCUUGCGCGGGCGCUGGAUUUCAAGGAUUGUCCAUUUUACAAUGUGUGCCCAAGCUGUGGAAGCGGUCCGGACACUCACGGCGAACACUGUCCAUUCAAGACUUGUGGACCCGGUGGAUUGUCUGACUUCUUUAGACUCCAUCCACUGGAGCCAAGAAAAAAUCCGUGGUGGAAAUCCUUGAAUAUUUGGGCGCCAUCUCUCAAAUCGUUUGCUCCAGAUCCAACGGGACCCGACCCUCUCCGCAUGCUCCUCCAUCCUUACCUGGACUUCCCACCAAGGAUGGCCCUCCCGAUGGAAGGAGUUGCGAUAAGGACAGCGUGGGACAACGAAUGCCGGGAGUACGGUAUUACGGAUCCUCCUAAUCCUCCCGUUUACAUUCGGUCCAUUCCGUCAGCUCCCGCAUUCAGGAAGAGGGCAGCCGAGUCUCAGGCGGUUGUGUCGGAAUGGCAGACAACUCAUUCAAAACGCUUCAGGUCAACACGUAACGCUCGAAGUGACGGGGGGCCACCCGGAAGCCUCCACAGUCAUUCCAUGCUCAACCACCAGGGCAUUCCCAGAUCUUCCACGAAUCGCGAUCCUCUGGAACUGCGAAGUGUUCCAAUGUCAUUGGUAGCUCCCGGCAUGAGACCAGGGGUUCAAAGGCCUCUCAACAGUGAUAUGGUCAGGAUUUCGUGGUGA